AUGGAGAGCUACAAUCCUUCAGAUGACCCGGGACCAGCGUUCUGCAUUGGCCAUCAUGAGCACAAUAGGCUGGUUACUGUGACGCCUCGGGUCAUCCAAAACGUGCAUGAGAGCAAUUAUGAUAUGAUGACUGUCCCAAUUACGACCUCGCAUUUCCAUUCCCGUGUCCUCGGCUUAUUGUCUUCUUAUUUGGCCAAUCUGCAGUCCCCGACUUAUGAUCCUGUAGGGACUAUGGCGACUACUCAAAACAUUCGGCCUCUGGUGGUCCCGUCACUUUCCAAGGCAGACUCAUACCUCACUCCGAAUGAUGCGACCAGCCAGUUGGUUGGAGUGACCAGCAGCUGGAUUGAUCUAUGCUCACCUGACCCGUUAAUUGCGGACUUGUCUCGCCAAGUUCUGAUGUUGGAGGUUGCGUACGCUGCCUUUUGCGGAAUUGGGUAUCUUUUGAUACCCGGCCCAAAGCUGCAUCACGGUGCCUUGCACUCGGAGGGUGUCAUUUACUAUGCGCGCGCAAUUCAAGACGCACUGAACCUCGGCCCCUACAUUCAGUUCCACAUUUGGCAGCCAAUGGUUGAUAACCCGGAGCUCGAGCUUGACACAAUGGGUGACUUGGCCCCGCUUGCUAGAGCAGAAUUCCUGGAGCCAAGUGAGGAGUCUUCGCUCAAAAUUGAUCCUUUUGGAACUUGGGAAGCCUGGGAUUCUAUCAGAAAGACCUGCAAAUACCAUACUAGAUUGCUCGUCGCUCUGACUUUGCCAAAGCAACUGCCAUCUAUCUUCGUGCAAUCCAGAUGGCAUUCGGAGCCGGUUCAUAUACUCACGAUUGACGCAUCCGCGUUCCUAAAGAACCAAAAAGGUUAUCCAGUCUUGUCCAAGUCACACCAAGGCUUUAUUGCGAAGAUGAUGCGCCUCCGAACCGUGCCAUGGAUUAUUCUUUGUGGUGUUGGCCCGAUCCCGGGACUCGAGAAUACCGAAGACCCGGAUAGCCACCAAGCUUCGCUGUCUGGAUCUGACUACCCUAGUCUGUCACAGGCUGGCAAGAAGCACCAUGACCCCACUCCGCACCUCUCUUAUGUUCGCAAUCUGCAACAACGCCAGCCUGCACGGACAGCAAUUGAGAGGUUUGGUGUUGGAUACCAGGACUAUUUGCAGGCACCUCUGCAGCCUCUCACAGUUAAUCUGGAGAGUAUCACAUAUGAAGUGUUUGAAAAAGACCCCAUCAAAUAUGAGUGGUAUGAGAAGGCAAUUUGCAAGGCCCUGAGGGACUGGGCGGACCAGAAGAAACCCACAUCACACCCAGACGGAAAAGUCAUCGUGGCAGUUGUGGGAGCUGGUCGUGGGCCCCUUGUCACUCGCGCCCUGAAAGCCAGUGCGGAAGCCGGAGUAGAGAUUGAUCUCUGGGCCGUAGAGAAGAACCAGAAUGCAUUUGUGUUGCUACAGCGACACAAUGACACCAUCUGGGGUGGUAAGGUGACCUUAGUUCAGUCAGACAUGCGGAGCUGGAAAGGACCUCGGGUUCGACAGCAGCCCGCUCCGGCUAGUAAUGAGCCCGUGGGUGAAUCUUUGGGCAUUGAGAGCUCAUUACUCUCCACAUCAAAGGUGGGCGAGAACGACCCAGGUCGACAAUCUGAAUUUGCUGCGCCCCAAGCCCCGACCAUGUGCCACACUCACGUUGAUAUCAUUGUAUCGGAGCUGCUGGGCUCAUUUGCAGACAAUGAGCUUUCUCCGGAAUGUCUGGACGGUGUGAACGACGUGAUUCAUCCCGACCAUGGAAUUUCCAUUCCGGCCUCAUAUUCGGCGCACUUUACCCCCGUUUCUGCCCCCAAAUUGCAUGCAGAUGUUGUGCACCAGACAGUCUCCAACCCGGCGGCUCCAGAGACUCCAUAUGUCGUGAUGUUGCAUGCUAUCGACUUCCUUUCGACUACUGAUACUCCUGCCAGUGAUGCCGCCAGCUCAAACAAUGGAAACCGGGCAUCCACCCCGUCGGUGUCAUUCUCCACUACAGAGUUUGCAACUCCCCUUGUGCAGACCGCCUGGUCUUUCUCUCAUCCGAACCGACACAUUCCCCCUCAGUCUCCCAUGCAGUCGACUGUUUCAAAUGCCCACAAUGUGCGACAGACACGUCUGGCCUUCCCUUCUCAAAACCGAGGUGUGUGCCACGGGUUGGCUGGCUACUUUGAAACAGUUCUCUACGGCGAUAUUGAGUUAUCCACCAACCCGGUGACCAUGGAAGCCAAGAGCGCAGACAUGAUCAGCUGGUUCCCCAUAUACUUCCCCUUGAAGACCCCCCUCAGUGUCCCUGAAAAUGGCGAGAUCGUCGCUACGAUGUACCGUCAGACCGAUGACCGCAAGGUCUGGUAUGAAUGGAUGGUUGAGGUCUAUGCCCUUGAACGCACAGCGGCAUCUGCCAAACCCACUCCAAUGACUUAUUCACAGGCUGGAUCUCUUAGCGUGGAGAACUUGAAUAAGGAAACCGCUGCAAAGGGCACCCGUGCUGGCUAUCGCCGCGUGCGGGUGGGAAUGAGUGAGUUGCACUCCAGCAUCAAGGAUGGAUGCUUAAUGUAA